AUGUCCCGCGCCAAUGUGUUUGGGCCCAACUCGCUCUACUCCUUCACCAAGUUCGGUGCGCUGAACCGCAGCAAUGGCGUCGUGUUGAGCAAGCGCAUGAAGGACACCUUCCGGCUGGAGAACCAGAAGCACAUGCGUAAGGACUUUGAUCGCGAACGACGGUACCGCCUCUGCAAGCGGUGCGGCAUCACGUCUGUUACCGUGAAUUUUGACCAGGUUCCGUCGGCCCGUGUGGGACUGUGGGGCCGGUGUGUCGACGGGAAGGACUACACCCAUCACCGGUUCGCCGAGCUGUCGCAGCGCGAAUAUGAGCAGUUGCGGGAUUGGCCAACAGAAAAACGCCUGAGCUGGUGGCGAUAUGAAGGCAAUGAGUAA